CCUUUUUCUUCACUUUCCCUUCUUUUUUAUCUCUUCAGCAUCUUCCUCUUUGUUCUCUUGCUGGUGCUCUUCUCUCAUGGUCACCGAAACUUUUGAUACUGAAGUCGAACCUGGACGCGUUCUGACGAUGCCUGCAGAUGGUACUGGCCUCGCGGUUCUCGACCCUUGGUUAGAUCCUUUCCGAGAUGCUUUACGCACAAGAUAUGCUCAUUUCAAGACAUUCGAAGACAAGGUCAUAGCAGCAGGUGGUUUCGAUUCAUUCACAAAAGGUCAUGAAUACUUUGGCUUUAGCGUUGCCAAGGACGCUACCAUCACGUAUCGAGAAUGGGCUCCAAAUGCGACAAGCGCAAGUCUUGUAGGCGAUUUCAACAAAUGGGAUGCGGAAGCACAUCCUAUGAAAAAGAUUGAGAAUGGGGUGUUUGAGAUUGUGCUUGGGCCAACAUCGGCUGGUGUACCAGCGAUCGCCCAUAACAGUAAAGUCAAGAUAACAUUGAUGACUCCCGACGGGGAAAGAUUAUAUCGAUUGCCUGCAUGGAUCCGUCGGGUCACACAAGACCUCAGCGUGAGUCCUGCGUACGAUGCUGUGUUUUGGAACCCAGAUAAGCCAUACCUCUUCAAGCAUCCACGUCCCCAGCGACCCAACAGUCUACGUGUCUACGAGGCUCAUGUUGGCAUCUCGACGUCGGAGCCACGGAUAGGCACUUUUGCAGAAUUCACUCGCAAUGUCAUCCCGAGGAUCGCCUAUCUCGGGUACAACACGAUCCAACUGAUGGCUAUCAUGGAACACGCCUACUAUGCAUCCUUCGGCUACCAAGUCACAUCCUUUUUUGCACCGUCAUCUCGCUAUGGCAGUCCAGAAGACCUCAAGGAGCUUGUGGAUGUCGCCCACAGCUAUGGUAUCACAGUGCUGUUGGAUGUCGUCCAUUCGCAUGCCAGCAGCAAUGUCUUGGAUGGUUUGAAUAUGUUUGAUGGUACAGAUCACUGCUAUUUCCACGGCGGUGGACGCGGCCGGCACGAUCUAUGGGACUCGCGCCUGUUCAACUAUGGCUACCUGCCUGUGAUGCAGUUCUUGCUCUCGAAUUUGCGUUAUUGGAUGGACGAAUAUCAAUUUGACGGGUUCAGGUUUGAUGGUGUAACGAGCAUGCUGUAUAAGCAUCACGGGAUCGGCUACGGCUUCUCGGGCGAUUAUCAUGAGUAUUUUGGUGACUUGGUGGAUGAGGAUGGUGUGAUGUACCUGCAGCUUGCAAACAAGUUUCUGCAUGACAUGUACCCAGACGUGAUUACGAUUGCUGAAGAUGUUUCGGGAAUGCCGGGAUCGUGCCGACCGGUCCGUGAAGGUGGUGUCGGAUUUGAUUACCGCUUAGCCAUGGCUGUGCCGGAUAUGUGGAUUAAGAUGUUAAAAGAGCAGAAGGACGAGGACUGGAAUAUAGGCAAAGUCAUCCAUACUUUGACUAACCGACGACACUUGGAAAAAGCAAUCACUUAUUGCGAAUCACAUGAUCAAGCACUUGUGGGCGACAAAACGAUUGCGUUCUGGCUCAUGGACAAGGAGAUGUAUACGCACAUGAGUGACGUGACGGAUCGUACACCCGUCAUUGACCGUGGCAUGGCCAUGCAUAAACUUAUCCGUUUCCUCACCCAUGGACUCGGCGGCGAAGGUUAUCUGAACUUUGAAGGAAACGAGUUUGGCCAUCCAGAAUGGCUGGAUUUUCCUCGUCAAGGCAACAACUCAAGUUUCCAUUACGCUCGUCGUCAAUGGAACGUGCUGGAUGACCCCUUGCUACGCUACAAGUAUCUGAACGAAUGGGACCGAGCCAUGCAAAAACUAGAAGAAAAGCAUGGCUGGCUAGCCGCUCCACAGGGUUGGGUUUCUCGCAAACACCAAGGUGACAAGGUGAUAGUCUUUGAACGCGCCAACUUGCUCUUCAUUUUCAAUCUCCAUCCAACAAACUCGUUUACGGAUUAUCGCGUGGGCACCAAUUUGACUGGCAAAUUAAAGGUCGUGCUCAACUCGGACGCUCCCGAGUUCUUUGGGCACAAUCGUAUUGACCCGUCGUGCGAGUACUUUACGACCCAAGGUGACUGGGAUGGCAGGCAGAACUGGCUGCAGGUUUAUAUGCCUUGCCGAACAGCCAUCGUUUUAGCUUUAGUUUAGAUGUCAUGUUGUACGUAUAGUGUUUAACGUGUAUCAUUAUUAGCGGAAGUUGGUUGUAUGUAUCCUACUACAAGCAGAGUUGCACGGUCCAAUAUACAGUCCAGGAGCUUGAGCUCGGGGUGUAACCUUCCCACACUUGUGUACCAGCAACAUAUAUACUGGGCUUUAAAGCUUGAAAAACCAUCAUGCAAAAUUUGGAGAAGAAAGGAAGGGAAAAGAAAAAGGAG